UACUGGUUUGGGACUUUGACAUUCGGCUAGGGUAAAAAAGUUCAGGAUUGAGGAGAACCAGCCUCGAACCUCAAAACAUUACUUAGCCUGACCCGAGAAGUUACUUGUUUGCUUUGGUCUGUUCAGACACUCAAACUCAGGAUCAUCUGCAAAACGCAGGGUGGACGCAUUGCUCCAAACUCUGGAAAAUCAAAUCCAUUGCAAUGCUCGAGCAAAGAAUGAGGUUACUCCACCUACUACUAGUGGGCUUCAGCCUGGGUUUUUCAGGAGCAGCAGGGGGCUUUGUGACCCAUGUGGAGAGUGGCUGUAUGCUGGAUGAAGAAGGAUCAGUAAAGGACUUCACAUAUUGUAUCUCCUUCAACAAGGAUGUGCUGACCUGCUGGGACUCAGAGGCUAACAAGAUGGCUGCUGUUGAUUUUGGGAUCCUGAAUCCAUUAGCUAAAAAGCUUUCUGAAAUCCUCAGUAACGAUAGUGCUUUGAUGGACCGUCUGAGCAAAGGACUCCAGGACUGCGCCAUUCACACAAAGCCCUUCUGGGGAGCGUUGACCCAAAGGACACGGCCACCAUCAGUGCAAAUAGCCCAGACCACACCUUUCAACACAAGGGAGUCAGUGAUGCUGGCCUGUUAUGUAUGGGGCUUCUAUCCUGCUGAUGUGGCCAUUUUAUGGUUGAAGAAUGGGCAGCCUAUCCCAAACAGUGGCAUCCAGAAGGCUGUACAAUCCAAUGGGGACUGGACUUAUCAGACACGAUCCUACUUACCCCUUACCCCCUCUAGUGGGGAUAUUUACACUUGCCAUGUAGAGCACAGUGGAACUUCCCAGCCUAUCUUGCAAACCUGGACACCUGGCCUCUCUCUGAAGCAGACAGUGAAGAUCUCUGUGUCUGUAUUGACUCUGAGCCUUGGACUCACCUUCUUCUUCCUUGGCCUGGUUGCCUGCCGAAAAGCUGGCCCCUCUGACUACACUCCUCUCUCGGGGUCCAAUUAUCCUGAAGGUAGAAACUUCUCAUAAAGGCUGAUACUCUGAAGCCUCAGCUCAAUGGAUAGAGUGCUCGGCCUGGUAUCGAGAAGACCUGACUUCAGAUCUGGCCUCAGACUUGUGCGGUGUGA